AUGGUAUUUGAGAGCCCAGCCACCGUCAGAACUGUUUCAAGAGGCCGAGAGCCAGGCGAUGCCUACUACACACGAGUGGAUGCACAAGAACCUCGUGAUCAGCUAGACGAUUGUGAGCAGUGCGGAGAAGGCGAUUGUGGAUUCUCCACUGUCCAGCGGGAGAAAUGGGUACAUGUUGGUGCUGGUCAGGGCAGCUACUCAAAGACCAACCAGAUGCUGUUUGUCGGGGAGAGGCAUGGGGCCUACGAGAAAGAACAUGUCGUCCAUCACAAGUACGGAGGUUGUUCCUGCGGCAACGUCUUUUGUAUGUUGUUGGGUAUGAUUUUGACUGUACUUGCGGGAUAUGGCAUUGGUCUACUGCUCAAGAACUACUUUGUCACGGAGCAGAGUUCAAUGAGGACUCUAAAAUUUAGUCCUUUUGACAGCGGUGCUCAUUCUGCGGGCAAAACCCAUCAUGUACACCCAGCUUCGGGCUACUGGAGUCAUGCAUCCACGGCCACAUCCUUUGACUGCAACGUGGAAAAGGAAAGCUGGGAUCUCAAUUGGUCGGAGGAGAAGAAGGCGUAUUGCUGCGCCCAGACCAAGCAAGAAGGCUGCUCUUCAGAUCCCUUUGAUUGUGAGUUGCAAAAAGACAGCUACAAGACAGCAUGGACAUCAAAGAAGACUGCUUAUUGCUGCGACAAGCAUGGUGUUGCGUGUGAUCAUGCUGCCUUGGGCUGUGACCGGCUUUGUAGCAUUUUUGGUCAGACGGCGUCUUGUAAAGAUCGCGCGAUGCAUGCUUUCUCAAAGGUGGGAAGCUGUGCAAAAGCACACAAGGAAGUGCUAGAUCUAUGCUGGGUGUGCAAUGCUUGCCCUCUAAACGGGCUGCAAUGUCAUAAGGAAGGGGAAGAGAAAGUGGAGGAGGCAAUACAGGAUGACCACGCGAAAGGGCCAAGACUACCAUGUGAAAGGCCUCUUGAGGAUGGAUUUAUGUGGAAGUUUGAGAGCUCAGGACGUGAGUGGAAGCAGCAUCGGAUACCUGAUGGAGUUCACAAGAACCCCGCAGGGCGUGGCUUCAUGUGGCUACAGGACGGUUCUACGUGGAAGCAAGUUUGUAUUCCAAAUGCAACUUCUCUGGAUAUGCCAAAAACACCUGUGGGGGAUGGCUUCAUUUGGCAUCGACGGUCCGAUCUCAAAGGACCCAUUUGGGAACAAAUUCCUGCGCAAAUGCGCCAUGGUGGUAUUGGAGAAAUUCCACGGAUACCAGCUGGUCCUGGGCUGCAGUGGAAGCACACGAUAUACGGAUGGACCCAGGAGGAACUGCCAAAAGAGAUGCAGAAUCCUUCGCGUCCAUGCAAUACUCGGGCUGGUCCUGGUAUGCGGUGGGUUUUCCAAGAGAGACACGGCAAAGUCUGGGAACAGCUCCUCAUCCCUGGAUGGAUCGCAAAGGAGGUCAACCCGCAACCUGCUGUGCCGCCUGGAAGAGGCUUCAUGUGGAGCUUUGAGCCACAAGACUACGGCUGGACACAGAUUUGCAUCCCAGGCUGGUCAGAUGGUCAGCCAGAACCCCCAAGCAUGGAUGCUGGCACUGGGUUUAUGUGGCUUCAGCAGGGUGGCGCCUGGCAUCAAGUUCCUGUUCCUCGGGGACUGCGCGGUUUAUGUGCAGAUCAGCCUGCGAAGCACUUCCUGCCUGCAGGUCGAGGCUUCAUGUGGAAAUGCACACGGAAGCAUGGCUUGUUGGCUUGGCACCAAGUGCAUCGGAACAAUUGGCAUCGAGAUGGUCCAACUCGGCCGCCGCACGAAGAAGCUGGCAACGGUUUGAUGUGGGUCUAUCAGGAUCAAUACUGGCAGCAGCAAAGAAUUCCUCGAUGGCAUGCCAAAGACGCACCUGAUUUGCCUGCUGGCCCGGGACUCAUGUGGUCUCGAGACACUGUGGAUGGUAAGCGCGUGUGGAAGCAGGCGCUUAUUCCAGAUUGGGAGGUAGACAACAAGCUUCAUCCACCAGCACAGCCUGCUGGUGAAGGCAUGAUGUGGAGGUACAGCGAGAAAGAUGGUCGAAAGGAAUGGAGCCAAGAAGGGAUUGGUGAUUGGUAUGCGGACAGCGCAAAUCAUCCACCUACAGAAUAUGCAGGGAACGGCCUGAUGUGGAAGUUUUCCUCUGUGGGCGGCAAUCCUGGCAAAUGGCAUCAGGUGGACAUACCUGAUUGGCAUGUCUUGGAUCAGUUUGAGCAACCCACCGUCGUUGCGGGGCCCGGCUUCAUGUGGACAUUUGACAAAGACAUUGGUCGAUGGACCCAACUUCCAAUCCCCAAAUGGAAAGAGGAAAGGAGCGAGGACAAGCCUAUCGAAGUUCCUGCAGGAGAGGGCUACAUGUGGAAGUUCUACCAGGAGAACGGCAGCAAGCACUGGCAUCAGGUGCAAAUGUCGAAAACAGAUCUUCUGAGACCUCAUCCAGAGCCUUCUGAGCCUGCAGGCAAUGGCUUCAGAUGGCAAUAUAACACAGAUUCAGAUCGAAAUCACUGGGAACAAGUCCUAGUAAAAAAGGCAAGUUGUACAGGUGUCCUGUGUCAUUUAGGGCUCGGGUAA